UGUUAUUUCGAUUUGAAGCAGAUGCACUAUUCGUAAAAGAUUGAUAGACUCAACUUGAGUUGAGAGAUGUUGUUUGACGGUCCAGGUCGUAUCAUGUUGAGGAGAACAUGUAUGUACUGCAGUGGUUGCCUUCGCAGAGUCGGAUCUGCAAAGCUGUCUUAUUCAUUGACUGAUGUUGCCCCUGUAAAAUCUAGGCUUAAUAAUAUUAGCCGGGUGCUUGAUGCCACUGGAACGGGGAAUACAAAUACAACGACGAGAUGUUUGAGUAAACUUGCGUAUCAGGAGGAUGAGCUGUACGAGAAGAGUCACAUCACGUUCCUCCACAAGCCAAACGCACAGGGUAGACCCUCCCCCUCCACUCUGGUGACCUCCUUCUCACACAAGGGCUUCACACUCAAUCUCGACAGCCAGGUGUUGGGUCCUAUGAUUCUUCUGCCCCAGUCAAUUCUUCACUGGCGGGUGUCAGACCCCACCCACAUCACCCCAGCCUCCCUCCGGAUAUUCACUUUGCUGCAUCCUAAGCCAGACAUCUUAGUGUUGGGAACUGGAGACCACAUUGUGCCACUCCGUCAAGACUGCAGAGAGUUACUGAAGAAUGCAAACAUCUCAGUUGAGGUACAGAGAACUGAGACUGCUCUGGCGACAUAUAAUUUCUUGGCUGUUGAAGAGAGAAUUACAGUGGCGGCAUUCUGUCUUGUUUCAAAUACCCUAGCUACCACUCACACUAUGAGCACAGAGAGCUACGAUGACUACAAUGAGGAUUUCAAUGUAGAUACGGGAGCAGCAGAUGUUACAAAAACAGAGAAAGAGAUUUCCGAAAAGAUUGACCAGCAAACAUGCAGCUUAGAGGGGCAAAAGACCGCAGAAGAAAUUGUUGCGACUCACUUAAAGACAGAUACAAAGGAAGGGCAAUCAUAUAUUGAAGGGGAAAAUACCAGUACCAAGAGAGCUAAGAUACAGAUCCAGGCCGACGCCAAGGAUAAAACUAAUUACGGACAGGAUACGUGAUAAAAAUGGGGACUGCGAACAUUUUUUGAUUGAAGCAAUUAUAUCGUUGAUUAAUUAAUUGAAAUUAAAGAG